AUGCCGACUUUCCUCUUUACGCUGUUUUCAACCAGCUUGACAUUUACUAUGAAUGCUACCACUUUGAUGUUGAUCGUGGUGGCAUUUAUGUCAACCAUGAGUUGGUUCGUAAGAUACCGAUUUCUCAAUAUGUACUCUCGAUUACCUCCGGAACCUCAGCGAAAGGAGCCUCAGAUAGACCUCUAUCCAGAUACACAAGAAGAAGGAUCAAAGUCAGGGUUCUCCAAUUACUUGGAUGAGUUUCUUAGUGCCAUCAAAAUCUUUGGUUACUUGGAACGCCCUGUAUUCCACGAACUCACACGUUCAAUGCAAACAAGAAAGCUCAUAGCUGGUGAAACCUUGAAUCUUGAGGAGGAGAAGGGGUUUUGUCUGGUGGUUGAUGGAUUAGUGGAAAUUUUUGUCAAAUCGGCUCGGGAAGGACGCGAAUCUGAUACCGAUCCCAUGUCGUAUGAACAAGAGGAUUCGGAUAGUGGAUCUGGCCCUCACCGAGGUGGUGGACAUCAAGGCUAUCAGUUACUGACGGAGGUUAAGAACGGUGCACCUAUGUCGUCUCUCUUUUCUAUUCUUUCGCUAUUUACCGAAGAUGUCAAAUUGAGACAUUCUGACGACGAUGAUUUCGAUGGAAGUGCUUCUGGUACCCCUUAUGGUAAUGCGGAUCAUCACGAAUAUGGCAAUAGCCAUGACGCUCCGCCAUCACUACCCACAAGCCCAAUAUACGGGGCUCCUAGUCAAGAUGGUCAAGGAGAUGGUAGGGAUCGACGUGCUUCAACGACAACUGCCAACGGAAGAAUACCCCCGUUGUCAUUGGACGCUGCAGCCGACAUCUACCCGCGUCCACCUAGGCCUAAGAGGAUGAACACAACCUCUGUACACCCUGAUAUUGUGGCCAGAGCUACGGUUGACACUACUAUCGCUAUAAUUCCUGCUAGCGCUUUCCGGCGACUAACCAGAGUAUAUCCUAAGGCUACAGCGCACAUUGUUCAGGUCAUUUUAACGAGAUUACAAAGAGUCACUCUUGCGACUGGUCAUUCUUAUCUUGGGUUGACUAGCGAGGUUUUGCGCACUGAAAAGCACAUGAACAAGUACACGACUUACGAAUUACCAAAUUUCCUACGCGGGGAUGCACUGAAGCGUUUAAAGGAGAAGUUCAUCCGUGAAAAGGAGAGGAUUGGCCCCGAGGAAGGUAGCAAAGGUAUUGCUUUGCACAAUGCUGGGGCUGGACGACGACGAGGAUCCAGUCAUAGCCUUAGAAAAGAAGCUACAAUGCAUGCAUCAUCAGUUAGAGGUUCUAUGUCGACGUCCAAACAAACCUUCGAAGCACCUGGUGGAGAGUCCGGCAUCAGUCCCAGCCCCGGGGAUCUUCUUACUAAUAUUCAGAUGUCACGUCAUGGUGGGCGUAAACCUGCUUCAAGCGUGAAACAAAAUUCUAGCCCUCAAGUGUGGCAUCAUGAUGCUCAAAGUCCGCUUUCGCAGAGGACCUCGAAUAAUCCAUUUCAUGGUCCUAUGAAUGCACGAGUCCCUCUUCAUCGCCAAGAGUCAAUCGACGAAGAUGGCAUGUUUAGGAAAUCCAUAUUGGAGUGUAUCUUUAAAGCUAUUGGUCUUACGAACACUAAAAAUGCAUUACGUAUGUCAGAUUCUGUUGAAGGCUCGCCUCGGUUGUUAUCGUAUGAUCAGAAACGUCAAAAAGCAGUUUUUACUGGCAAUUCUUUUACGAGCAAUGCCUUCGGCCUUAUCUACCCCUACGAAGGAUCUGUGGACGACACUGAAUCAGUGACAUCUGGUGGAGUCAGUGCUGGUGGCUAUCCUAGUACGCAGGGUCUCGCCCAAGAGCUCAAGGAUGAAGUGGAGAUUGUUUACUUCCCCAAAGGCUCGGUUCUUGUGGAACAAGGAGAGAGAAAUCCUGGGUUGUAUUACGUCAUCGAUGGUUUCCUAGAUGUUAGUGUUCCUGUCGAUGAAAAUUCCGAUUCCAUGGUGCUAGGUCAACCUUUUCGACACUCUUCAACCGACAAGAAUGCCAAUGAUCCAAUGCCUUCACUAUCUAGGACGAAAACUGUCUCAUCGCGUACGUCAGGACCUACUUUUGGUGUCCCAGGACAUGAGGGUAAAAAGCGAAGGACAGCAGGGCGAAAAAGUUUGGCACUUAUAAAACCAGGCGGUAUUGCAGGCUACAUCGGUACUAUAUCUUCUUAUCGCUCCUUCAUUGAUGUUGUUGCAAAGACAGAUGUUUAUGUAGGAUUCUUACCACGAAUAUCGUUGGAAAGAAUUGUUGAGAAGUAUCCGGUCGUACUUCUGACUAUGGCUAAACGUCUCACCAGUCUGUUGCCUAGGUUGAUCCUGCACAUAGACUUUGCUCUUGAAUGGGUGCAGGUGAAUGCCGGCCAAGUUAUCUACCACCAAGGUGAUGAUAGUGACGCAAUUUAUAUCGUCUUAAAUGGCCGACUUCGACUUGUAGUCAACAAUGACGAAGCUGGAAUGAAAGUCGUUGGCGAGUAUGGACAAGGUGAAAGUGUUGGAGAACUGGAAGUCAUGACAGAAUCAGUACGACCUGCUACACUUCAUGCAAUUCGGGACACCGAACUCGCCAAAUUUCCCAAGACGCUAUUUAAUAGUCUUGCGCAAGAGCACCCAAAUAUUACGAUCAAGAUAUCCAAGAUUAUUGCAUCCCGUAUGCGAGCCUUGGUAGAAGAACCAGUCUUUGUACAAACUAAAGAAAAAGUCACUGUUGCCACAAACGAUAAGGUCUCUUCGACUGUCAACCUCCGUACCGUUGCUGUACUUCCUGUCACUGCUGGAGUACCUGUAGUCGAAUUUGGCAGUCGUCUAAUGAAUGCUUUGACUCAAAUCGGAGCGCCCAAUGGCGUGACUUCUCUCAAUCAAGCAGCAAUUCUCAACCAUCUUGGCAGACAUGCUUUCAGUCGUAUGGGAAAGCUCAAGCUCUCACAAUACCUUGCCGAUCUGGAGGAAAAGUACGGCUUGGUAUUAUAUAUUGCUGAUACAAACGUCAACUCGCCUUGGACUCAGACCUGCAUUAGUCAGGCCGAUUGCAUUCUCCUAGUAGGCAUAGCAGACGGUUCGCCUGCGAUUGGAGAGUACGAACGUUUCUUAUUAGGUAUGAAAACCACAGCAAGAAAAGAACUAGUAUUAUUGCACACAGAUCGGUUCUCGUCGCCGGGUGUGACUCGUUCCUGGCUCAGAAAUCGAGUCUGGAUAAAUGGCGGGCACCACCAUGUUCAGAUGGAUUUCAGAACUAGUGCCGUCCCAGUACAUUCUCAGACAAGAAAAUUCGGAACUGCACUGAAACAGCGAGUCCAAGUAAUUCAAGCAGAAAUCCAAAAAUUUACAUCUCGCCGUGUACGACAAUCACCACUCUACUCUGCAGAGACUCCAUUCAAAGGUGACUUUCAUCGGAUUGCCAGGCGUCUUUGUGGCAAGUCUAUCGGUCUCGUCCUCGGAGGAGGUGGCGCACGUGGUAUAUCUCAAGUCGGGAUUAUUAGAGCUAUGGAAGAAGCUGGGAUUCCAAUCGACAUUAUAGGAGGAACCUCCAUUGGAUCGUUUAUCGGCGCACUAUAUGCUCGCGACGCAGACGUAGUCCCUAUGUAUGGACGCGCGAAGAAAUUUUCGGGUCGCAUGGCAAGCAUGUGGCGUUUCGCACUGGACUUGACAUAUCCAUCGGCUUCCUAUACUACUGGUCAUGAAUUCAAUCGCGGUAUCUUUAAGACUUUUGGAAAUACUCAGAUUGAAGAUUUCUGGCUCGAGUUUUACUGCAACACUACAAACAUUAGUAAAAGUCGAUCUGAGAUUCACACCAGUGGAUAUGCAUGGCGGUACGUAAGAGCAUCCAUGUCUCUUGCUGGACUUCUCCCACCGCUAUGCGAUGAGGGAAGUAUGUUGUUAGAUGGUGGAUAUGUGGACAACCUGACGGUUUCUCACAUGAAAUCUUUGGGGGCUGAUAUCAUUUUUGCUAUCGAUGUUGGAAGUCUCGAUGAUAAUGUGCCCCAGAACUUUGGGGACUCGCUUUCUGGAUUUUGGGCAUUUGCAAAUCGGUGGAACCCAUUCUCAUCUUAUCCAAAUCCUCCCACUUUGGCUGAAAUACAAGCACGCUUGGCUUAUGUGUCUAGUGUCGAUGCUUUGGAACGGGCAAAGACAACUCCGGGAUGUCUUUACAUGAGACCUCCAAUUGAUGAAUAUGGUACUCUCGACUUUGGUAAAUUUGAUGAAAUUUACCAAGUUGGGUACAAAUUCGGACAAGAAUAUUUAGCAAAGAUGAGAGAUCAAGGUAUUCUUCCUCUGGUGGAUGAGACAGAGGAGAAGAAGGCACUGAGGAGAACGAUGGCUCCGAGAAGAGCAAGUAUAUAG